AUGCCCAGAGUCAAAUUUUUUGAUGUGGCAGCGUUUGGUUUGGUGAGUUUUGUAGGCAUCUACACGGGAACGCAGUUUUUCGAGCCGAUCAUAAUCGACAGAUUGAGAAAAGACGGCAAUUUGAGAACAGAUGUUGAGAUUCCACAGUAUGAUGAGGAGGGGAAUCCCCUUGCGCCAAAAUCGAUGCUCGAUUUGAGAGAGGAAAUGGAGAAAAUUCAGCAACAGCAGCAGCAGCAACAGCAGCAGAAAUCAGAAAAGUGA